AUGCCCGUAAAUAGAGAACUCAAGGCUCUCGUCGCCAGCAUGGAGACAUACCCAACCUUGGCCUCUGUAGAAGGCAAAAAUAUAGCCGAAAGACUCAAGAAAAGACAAAGAAGAAAGACAAUAAGUCAGAUUGAAGCAAAACGGAUUGAAUUAGAUGACCCUUUUACCGUACAACAAGAGCUGGAAAUUAACACCGAAGAAAGUGAUUCCGCUUGGGAACCUUGGGAAGAGGUAACACCCACAAGACAUUAUAGAAGGAGGCCCGUUAUUAGGAGAAACGCCCUCAUAAGGACCAGGGUUGAAAUGUCUACAAGGGAAAAGAGAAGACGAUUUAAAACCUUAAAAGAAACGCAAGAGGGCAAGAAAGAAUUAGAUGCCGUGGAAAGUCUUCUUACCAUGGCAAAUGGAAAAAAAGUAUCUCAAAUGAUGAUGACAUCAAAGCGAGUUAUGGGGGAGAUUAAUAUGAGACCUCCUAAACCUGUUUUAGGGGAAUUAAUUCCUCAGGUGCAAAGUGGACCCAAAAAGGCUUCCAAUGAAUUGAAGAGAAAAGAAAUAAAAUCCGUGUUGACAUCAUGGAAUGUUCACCGUCGUGGGAUGUUCGUCAUAUUGGCGGAUCAUAUUGUCACGUCUACCAAAAAAGGGGAAACAAAUGGAGAUAGUUUAGAUUUCAGGACUUUACUUGAACAUUGCUUGGAAAAUUACAUCUGCCAAGAUGAGAAAACUUUUCGUCAUUACUUGCAAGACUUUUAUUAUCAUGGCUUAUUCUUGGCAAAAAAAACCACUUGCGGGGAGAUCAGGAUCACUAUCCCAACUCCUUUGCAUGACCUCAAGUUAUUGUUGUCGGAUAAGAACCUCUUCGGUGAUCUUGAUUGA